AUGUUGCGUAUUUUGGUUAAUCGUAGUACCCGACAAGUUCUAAAAUCCUUAACCGAUGUAUUGCCAAUUUAUUCUACACGAUCAUAUUUUUUCGGACCUCGGUACCCAUUGUCAUCAGUAUUUAGAAGCAUUGACAAGCAGUUGCAAGAUAUUGAACGGCAAUUUGAACGAGUUUUUUGGAAUUCACGAGAUUGGUUUGAUAACUUUCGUCCGAUCGGUGCUCGUGAACAUCCUUCGCUAGUGGAAGACUAUCGUAUUCAAAAUCCAAUCAUUGAAGAGAAUGGUAUCAAGAAGUUUGUUUUGGAACUGGAUGUACGUCGAUUUAAACCUGAAGAGGUCAUGGUGAAGACCAAUACUAAAGAAGGCACACUCACAAUAGAAGCGAAGCACAAAGAUAGUGAAACAAAAAUUGAAUAUAUGCGAAAAGUCACCUUACCACAAGGUGUAGUUGUUAAAGAUAUGACUUGUCACUUCACUUCCGAUGGAAUUCUGCAAAUCAAAGCUCCGUAUGAAGCACCACAAGAAGCCGUCGUCAUUGACACCGAAAUUCCUGUAAAGCAUGAAUGA